AUGGGAUUGCACAAAAACUACUUCAAAGUCGGACAGAAUGCUAGCAAUCAGCUGUUUGGUUUGCCGCCCAGUCAGGGCAGCCCCACGCCGCUAUCGAUGCUCAUUUCGCAGGGAGCGAAAUUUAAUAGCAAUCGCAUUGCGGUAAUUAUCUUCGGUAUCGUCACCCUCAUCGCCGGCGUGGUGUUAUCGUCCGUGCCGUGGCUGAACAUUUUCAUCAUGAAGAACCUGCGGCUGUGGAACGGCACGAUAAGCUUCCACUACUGGCAGCGCCCGGGGGUGACUAGGCUAACUAAGGUGUACAUAUUUAACGUAACAAACCCGGAGGGGUUCCUCGCCGGUGAAAAGCCAAAACUAGUUGAAGUAGGACCAUUCGUGUAUAGAGAGGAUAUGGAGAAAGUGAACAUCAAGUUCCACGACAACCACACCGUCACGUACCAGCACAAGAAGAUCCUGCAGUUCGUGCCCGAGCUUAGCGUGGACAAGAACCUGCGAAUCACGACGCCAAAUAUUCCUCUGCUGACCAUCUCCACCCAAAGCAAGUACCUCAGCUUCGUCCUAUCAAAGAGCAUAUCCUUCAUACUAACGGCAGCCAAAUACAAACCGUUCAUCUCACUGACGGCCGACGAGCUGGUAUUUGGCUACGACGACACGCUCGUCAGCUUGGCGCAUCGAUUCUACCCCCGAAAUCGACGGCCUAUGGAGCAGAUGGGCCUACUGAAUGGGCGAAACGGCACCCUGACCGAGUACGCGACGAUGCACACGGGCCACACCGGCAUGGAGCAGUUCGGGUACUUCGACAAGCUGAACGGGCUCGAUCAUCUGCCCCACUGGGAUAAUGAGCCGUGCCGGAGCAUCCAAGCAUCCGAGGGUAGCUUUUUCCCGCCACGUGACAUCACCAAGAAGGACGUGGUGUACAUCUACGAUAAGGACCUUUGCCGGACGCUUCCGCUCGUCUAUCGAGAACCGGUCGAAAAGGAUGGCAUCGGUGCCGAUCUUUACACGUUGUCGGAGGAUGCGUACGGGCCGCCGAAUGAGAACAACAGCUGCUUCGAUCAUCCGCACUACAAGAAGUAUUACGGGCUGCAGAAUAUCAGCCCCUGCCAGUACGGAGCGCCCGUUUACAUCUCGAACCCGCACUUCUUCCAGUCGGACCCGCAACUCCUGGAUGCUGUGGAAGGACUUCAGCCAAACGCAGAGCAGCACAAGACGUACUUCAAGAUCCAACCCAAACUGGGCGUCCCACUCGAGGGUCAGGUACGCGUGCAGCUUAAUCUUCUAGUCGAGAAAGCACCGAACGUGAUGGCAACCAAAGAUUUUCGUGAUUUCGUAUUCCCCAUCAUGUGGCUCGAGGAGGGAGUCAGCGAACUAACGCCACCCAUCCGACGGUGGAUUUAUCUAGCGACCGUGUUCGCUCCCACGGCUCUUCCGAUCCUGUCGUACGGCAUGAUACUGACCGGAGCGUUCGCUAUGAUCUUCGUCUUUGUGCGGGCGUACAAGAACUUUGUAUUCACGGAUGACCCUACGACGGAGCUGCUCGAGAUGGGUCGUCGCUCGUUGCGGCGUGGAAGCCAUCUUAUCAACAACGGGCAGCAUCGGAUACUGCACCGUGAUAGCUACAUCCUGCUGAAGGCGAAUGGCGGUGCGAUCACCUCAAACGGAGACGAACUGGACAGUGGAGCUAGUCCGGACACCAGUGGCCCACACAACAACAACAAUCAUCUGCUACAUAAUCACAAUCUACUGCACAGCCACCAUCAUCUGUACGUGCAGCCGAAGGACCAAAGUCUGCUCACCGAAGAGGACUCACCUGCAUAGGGCCGCAGAUGACGAUCGUCCAACUAACCAACCUGAACCGAGCUCCAUUUCAUCCCAUUCCCAUAGGGCUUUCCCUGGGGUGAUCGACGAUUUUCCUUACGCCGCGUGUCGAUCGCCCCCAAACACGGUGAUAGAGACUGCUGAUUUAUUUAAAAAACUUUAUCUCAACUUUUGUUUUUCCGCCCAUCUUAUCGCUAGUGCCUUUUAAGCCACCAUCGCUCGCGGUGGGCGAGCAACUCACUGUUCUAGGUUCUUACCGGUUUUAUGUUAGUCAUUAUGGUCGAGGCGUGAAAAAGAUGCUGCUCCUUUUUUUUUGCGCACUGCCAUCGCCAAUCCAGUUUAUGCUCGAAACGAACUCCCUCCGGUGUUACGAUCAUGGAAAGCAACAACGAUGCUCGAUCGUGGUUGGGAGGAUCAUACACACGUACUCUCUAGGGUAAAUGAUUCGUUGUAGAAGGAAGACAUGCCUUAAAUUUCCCAAAAAAAAGACUUGCCAGAAAACGGGAGGAAGUAGACCGACGGAAAGAAAUGCCCUACUGUCCAGCGCGUUUAGGCGACCAUUUUGCUUAUUCCAUAAUGAAUUGUUGUUUUAAAAUGCGGGACGGUUUUUAGGGUAGCCAAAAUUGCAAAGGACACAAGAUGUCCUCGGUCAUUUACUUCAUGCGACAAUCAAGCUCCGAUCGCUCGCAGUGAUCGCGAUCCGAUCGUUCCGAGGGAAAACUCGUUGGAAAAGUAAGCAGCUUAGUCUAAGUCUAGCCAAUGUAAGGUAGUUAUGAAAUGUAUCCAUCCAAUGUGUACCACAGAAUGUAAAUAGACCGUAAUGUUUUAAUCAUGUAUGUAAAU